AUGGGAAGUUCAGCCAAGACUCGCAGCACCUGCCCGCAGCUCCCGGCCGGCUGCGCAGACCGGCCGGGGGCGGGAGGCUGCACUCACCUGGCGCACAAAGGCUCCGCACACCUCCGGAGGGAGGAGGCACUCGCAGGUCCGGGGGCCUCGGCGGAAGCGACAAUGGGAAAUUCCAGCGGCACCGGAGCCCCGAACUUACCCACCACCCCAGGCGGCCUUCUCCCCACCUCCCGCUGCCCCCGGGGCUCUAAGGUGGCUCUGGCUAGGCCGGGUGCUCCGCGGCGGCCGCGCCCGCGGGGACACGGGGACACACACGGGCGCGCGAGGCCCCAGCGCUCGGCUGCGCUCCGGGGACGGGCCUCCGGGCAGGCCGGGCCUCCCGCCCGGAGACAGAGCUCCGGGCGGCUCGGCCUGCACCGCUCGAAGAACCAGCCCGGCGGGAACAAAGCCUGGUCCUCCCCAGGCGCUGACCCCUCACUCAUCAAAAACCUCCAAGGCUCCAGUCUGGCGGCCGUGUCCCCGGCCAGUGGAGCACUGGCGCGGAAGGCGCCCGGCCGCUCGCCCGGCCAAGCGGCCGGCCAGCGGCGGCGGCGGCCGCGGCGACGGCUCCCGGCCGGGUGCGCGCCCCGCGCCGCGGCUCAGCCCGGGGGCUCCGGCGCCUCCCGGGGUGGGGCAAAGUUGGGGGCCGGGGGCGGCGGGGGCGGGGGCACUUGGCACCGCGAAACCCCCCCCACUCCGCCGACCGCCGCCUUUGUCUCGGCGCCCGGACCCCGGCCACCCUCCCGCCCUCAGCCCGCGCCCCGGCCGGCCCUGCCCGGAGGCGCCUCCAAAGUCGCCGCGCGGGCCUCGCCCCGGGCGCCUCCACCCUCUCGGGGGGUCGCCGGCAGCCGGCGGCGGCGGCGCGGGGGCCGGGGAGGAGGGGGCGGCCCGGGGCUCCGCGGCGGCGGCGGCGGCGCGGCGCUGCUGGCGGCGGCGGCGGCGGCGGCGGGAGCUGGCGGCGCUUUUAAUCCCGAAAAGAGGCGCUCGGGCCGCGGAGCCCAUCAAGGCAGCAGCGGCGGCUGGCGGGGGUCGGCUGCGGCGGAGGACGCGCUGCUGGCGGCGGCGGCGGCGGCGGCGGCGGAGCUGGAGCGCGCUCGGCGGAGCCCGGGGCGGGAGGCGGCCGCAGCCGGGGAGCCGGAGCCGCCGCCGCCGCUGCCGCCGAGCAGCAUGGCAGCACUCCGGGCCGACCGGCCCGUGCCCCAGCCUUACAGCGCCCCGCAGUCUUGCCCUUUUGUGGUCUCCUGGUGGGAUCCAAGGUGCCGCGCGGAGGAGGCGGGCUGCUCGGCAGUGCCGAGGUCAGAGGCGCCGCUGACGCCGGCCCCUGAGCGCGUGGGGAGGAAAGGGUUAAGCUGCCUGAGCCUCGGGAAGGGGCUGCGCUCAUUCCGGAGCGAGGUGCAGCCACCAGCAGCUGUGAUUUAG